AUGUUGAGAUUGCUAUCGACAAUACUCGGCGCCGCCACCGUGCUCGCUGGCGUCUCUGCACAGCAGACAUCCUACGGCAUCGGCGUUCCCAACAACGUCACAUCAUUGCAAGGCACAUGGAGUUCAGGUGCGGGCCACGUCGUCACCGGCCUCAACUUUUACGAUCCGGUCAACAACUCGUUCAUCUAUCCUGCCACUGCUGGUCAGUCGUAUAGCUUCACCGAUGACGGCUUCUGGGAGCAAGCGCUCUACCUCUACAACGUCAACCCCGCCAAGCCCAACUGCGUCUCGGCACAGCUCAUUUGGCAGCACGGCACCUACACCCUCAACAGCAACAACUCGCUUACGCUCAACAUCUUCAAGGGCGAUGGCCGUCAGCAGAUUUCGGAUCGCUGCGCAGAGAGGUCCAACUACGUCCAGUCCUACGAUCAAGUCGAGUUCAUGCAGGGCUUCGUGAUCCAUCAGGACGAACACUUUGGCGCCAGUACCUACGCUCUCCAGUUGUACCAAUUCGAUGGCUCACUCAAGCCCAUGCUUUUUCAGGUGUACGAUCCGCCUCAAAUGCUGCCGACACAAGCAUUGCACGAGCAGGUCAUCGGAGAGCUCAACUCGUCGUAA